AUUCUCCGUGUAGUAUUUUCACCGAUCCACCGCCCAAAACCCUAGCCACCAUCCACUUUCCUACCCUCUCGCCGCCAUCCACUUUCCUACCCAUGCCGCCGCCGCCGCCGCCGCUCCCCACCAGCGACCGUGCCCAACCGACCAAGUCUCACUCGAUGGCGAUCUCCUCGCACGUCGCCGGCGACGGCCUCCCCCCUGGAUCCGCAUCCUCCAUUAUAUCCAGGUCCGUGAGCGGCUACCACUUGCUGACGAUCGACGGCUACUCGGGCACCAAGGAUGUCCCCAAUGGAGAGUGGAUCGACUCUUGCCCCUUCCGGGUGGGAGGCCACACAUGGCAUCUUCGUUACUAUCCCAACGGGGAAACAUCCGAGUACGCCGAUUCCAUAGCCCUGUAUCUCGCACUCGAUGAUACCGUCGCCAAGGGCGAGGCCGUUAAGGCAAAAGUCAAGUUCAGCUUAAUUGACAAAGAUGGGAAGCCGCUGCCGGUGCAUACCAUGACUACCAACAUCAACGACUUUUCCGUGGAUAACACUUGGGGAUUCCCGAAUUUUAUGAAAAGGGAGAAAUUGGAGAAAUCAGAGCAUCUCAAGGACGAUUCCUUCACUGUCAAAGUCGAUGUCACUAUCAUGAGCGUGUUCCAUGCGCAGGAGACACCAUCCAUCCUGGUGCCACCAUCUGACAUGCACCGUCACUUCGGCGAUCUCCUGUCGAGCAAGGCGGGCGUCGAUGUUGAAUUCCUAGUCGGUGGGGAGACAUUCUCGGCGCACCGGUCGGUGCUCGCAGCGCGGUCUCCGGUCUUUAGAGCAGAGUUCUUUGGCCCGAUGAAGGAGGGAACCACCACAGAGGCCAUACGCAUAGAUGACAUGGAGGCACAAGUGUUCAAUGCUCUGGUUACUUAUAUAUACACUGAUACGUUAACGGACAUGAAGCAACAAGAAGAAUCUGACAUGGCUCAGCAUAUGCUUGUUGCAGCAGAUAGAUAUGAUUUGGAGAGGCUGAAGCUGAUUUGUGCAGACAAGUUGUGCAAGCAUAUCAAUACAAGCUCCGUGACGACCAUCUUGGCAUUGGCGGACCAGCACCACUGCCAUGAGCUUAAGUCAGCAUGCCUGGUGUUCCUCAGCUCACCGACGAAUCUGGAUGCAGCCAUGGAGUCUGAAGGUUUUGAGUUUUUAACCAAGAACUGCCCUGGUGUUAUGAAGGAUAUCCUCGUGUCCCAGGUUGUUCCUAGGAAAAGAAAAUCAAAGGCCCGAACAUGAGGUUUCAAUCAUGAUGCCAUUUGCAAUCAUCAGUCCAGAAAGUAACUACAAACUCUGCAAGUCUGAAUGUUAUCCAGUAUUAGUAGUGUUAUGGCUAGUCUUGUUCUCACAAGGAUGCGAUGUACGUUGGUCCUUUUUUGUUUGGUCGUCAUAUCCUCUGUGGAGAACUAUUAAUGGCUUGGCAAGCUAUGCACAAAGCAAGAACCAUGCGUGCUAAUUAUUGAUCAGUCAGUUCAUGACUUGUAAGCCUUUCAACUAGUUGCCCUUUACAUUUUGCCCAGUGUCUUUCUGAUUGCUCUGUAACAGUCGAUGCGAGCUUUGCACU